GGCUUGGACACGCAUGUUGAAGCAGUACUGGACUCGGCCUUUGAAGCAGUACUGUUGUUCUCGAGGCGAGGCAUGUUGAUCCGACCAGGAUACGACCCCCAAAAUAAACCUUGUCCAGUUCCCCCAUCUCACGCUACACCCACAUCAUUUUAAAGCUUUGUCUCAAAAUCCAGCUAUAUCAUCCGCAACUGAGAAGCCUGUGCCUUUUCUGCUAUUACCUCGGAAUGUGUUUCCCUGGAAAGCGACAAAAAAACAACUUCGCUGAGCCAAAACCCACACCCCUUGAUACAAAAGCUCAACCAAUUCCACAAGAACAACCAGUUUCUCCCCCCGCUCCUCUUCCACUUGCAUCUUCUUCUCAGAUCGACAUGCCUGCACCUAGGGUCGCUAUCGUCAUCUACUCCCUUUACGGGCACAUUACAAAGAUGGCUGAGGCCGUCAAGGGUGGUAUCAGCGGUGCUGGUGGUAAUGCCUCCAUCUACCAGAUCCAGGAAACCCUCUCAGACGAUAUAUUGAAGCUCGUCAAGGCCCCCCCUAGACCCGACUACCCCGUUCUCCUCCCUGACGACCUCGUCAACUUUGACGCGUUCAUCUUCGGUAUUCCCACCCGUUACGGUAACUUCCCCGUUCAGUGGAAGGCAUUCUGGGAUGCCACUGGCCCUCUUUGGAGCAAGGGCGCUCUUCAGGGAAAGAUGUGCGGUGUCUUUGUCUCCACUGGCACCCAGGGUGGUGGACAGGAGAUUACUAUCGCCAACACGCUGUCCACUUUCGUGCAUCAUGGUCUCAUCUACGUUCCCCUCGGAUACAAGCAUUCUUUCCCUCAGUUGUCUAACCUGACUGAGAUCCACGGCGGUUCUUCGUGGGGCGCGGGAACCUUUGCAGGCACGGACGGCUCCCGUCAGCCUUCACCCCUCGAAAUCGAGAUUGCUGCUAUCCAAGGCAAGACUUUCUGGGACACCGUUGCCCAGUACACCGGCCACACCAAAUCUUCGUAAAUCUAAAUACCAGAUACGUAGGGUUUCAGCUUGGGAUUGUAUAUAGAUUGCAACACGCAUAAUUCAAACGCUCGUGUUUUAUCUUUUAUCGUCGCCUCGUGCAUUACAUACGAGGGAUUAAAUGCCGGCCUUUCUGAUCAAGCGUGUUCUAUCAGUGCUGUCAACUCAUCCAUCCUAGUGAGUCUCAGUCUGUGACUUUGUUCCCAUGGGUCUGGGGCGCGGGCCCCUG